AUGGCCGAGGUGCGCGGGCUCAAGCGCAAUAACGAGAAGCUGCACCAGGACCUCGAGGCGCUCCAGCUCCAGCAACACGCGGCCGACCAGAAGGUGGCCCAGCUGCUGGCCACCGGUGCAGGCCAAGAUGGCGAGCCAGAACGCAAGCGACCACGGCCACCCACCUCGUCGCCGAUAUCAUCGCCUUCAUCGUCUUCAUCAUCUUCAUCUUCACCGCAGCCGCCGAUGCCUUCGACGCUGGGCUCGCCGUCGCCACUGUUCGAGGCCCGUCGGCUGAUCUCCUUCGUGGGACCCUACAUCCUGCCCUCGAAUUUCGCCUGUACGCGACUCAGGUACCCGGUGAUGGGCUGCACGUUCGAGUCCGUGUUUGGCCUGGGACCGCCCACGAUCGUGUUCGCCAACACCGAGUUUUGCAAGCUGACUGAGUUUCGCUUGCACGAGCUGCUGGGCGCCCCAAUCACAAAAGUGAGGGUGACUGGCGAGAAUUCGCGCCAGCACAUGUCCGCCCAUCUGACCAACAAAGCUCCGAUGUCGGUGAGUCCGGUGUUCGAGAUCAACUGUCUCGUCCGGUGUCGGAGUGGGCGGCUCCUGCGCACCCAAGACAAGACGCAGUUCUUCUUCGACGAGCAGGGCAACGUCAAGCAUGCGAUACUGUGUCUGCUCUCGUGGAAGGAAGGCCAGCUGCAAGCCGACGAGAGACUCGAGCAGUGGCGGCCUAUCAAAGAAGAAAGAACUGACAAUUGA